AUGACAGGGCAGAACGAUCCGCAGCUGCUGCCCGUCGCCAUCUUGUGUUUUCUUCUUCUUCUGCCCUCGUUGCUCUGUGGGAAUCUGCUGUGCUAUUACAGCCCCAUCCUGAAGACGGAGGAGGCGAUGACCUUUGACCUCAUUGUGACAGAGUGUCCUCCUCGCGAGGUGUGCUUCAAGGCGCUGGGCCGCUAUGGAAACGUCACUGCCCUGUCGGCGAGGGGGUGCUUUCCGGUGAAGAGCUGCGGAAAACAAAGCGACAUCCGGCUCAGAGGGACCAUCUACGCCAUGACCUUCAGCUGCUGUGACUGGCCGUACUGUAACUCAGAGGUCAAGGUCAAACCGUUUCGUGUUCUUAUAACCCUUCUGGCUGCCUCUGCUAUUACCUGUUUGUGA